AUGGCACCCACCUCAAAAACCAAUCGUGGCUACCUUCUUGCAGCCAUCGACUGGUUCGUUGGAUGGAAGCAAGGGCUCCCGCGCGAAUCGUGCAGCUGGUGCGUCGAGCCCGUCCGUAUCCCGACGCAUGACGGCAUCAACUUGAGUGGCGACCUUUAUGAGCCGGUUGGGCUACCAAAGGGAACGUCGCCAUCUGGGCUCCUCUUUUUGUUCACACCAUAUGGCCGCGGGCUGCUCACCUCAAUGUCCUCGGGUCAUGCAUUUGCCGCUCGAGGUUACUACGUCCUCAUCGUUAGUAUGCGCGGCACGUUUGGAUCUGAUGGCAUAUGCAUUCCGGGAGAAGACGAGGCAAGCGAUGCUGCAGACGUCGUUACCUGGAUGAGGCUGCAGUCGUGGUAUCCCGGUCGCUUUGGAACUAUAGGAGCCUCUUUCAAUGGUUGGGCGCAAUGGUCACUGUUGCGAGAUCCUCCAAAAGAUUGUGUGGCUUCAGCAAUCUCAGUAGGACCUCACGAUUUCUGGGACUGGCACUGGGGAUCUGGUGCUUUUCACCUUGAACGUGUCACAUGGUCAAAUCUACUGACGCACCAAGAAGAUCCUGCACUUUUCCCUGCUUUGAUGCGUCUGGGUUCAAUAAAACGUUCCGCCGAUGCUGCUCUCGAAUCUCUCCCUGUGAGAGACGGUAUGGCGACUCUACUCGGACAGGGAGAGUCGUCGGCACUGGAGGCUGUAAUGAGGCCAUCUCCAGAUGACGCUUACUGGCAGAACAAGAGGCAGCAUGAGGCUAUCGAACGCGUCAGCGUUGACAUGCCCAUCCUUCUCACUAGCGGAUGGUUCGAUACUUUUACUCAGCAGACUCUGAAGCAGUAUCAACGAUUACAACAGCGUGGCUGUCAGGUCGAGCUAAUCAUCGGACCUUGGGAUCAUGGAGAAGCUGGCCAGGUAAAGGUUGGCGGAGAUGUCUUUCGUUUCAUUGAGAGAACCGUUGGAGGCAAGCAGCCAGAGUCUGAGGCUCCAAAACUUCCACAAGCUCGUGUCUUCAUUUCUGGAUCUGAUGAGUGGAAAACUAUGACAGUUUGGCCACCGAAAUCUUCACCACUUGUCAUGUAUCUGGAUGAAGACAAAGGUAUAUCGGAUCAACCGCCACCAAAGACAGCUAGUUCUACGUCUUUCACCUUUGACCCAGAAAAUCCAACUCCAGCUGUGGGCGGACCAUUACUGUUCCCAAUCUCAGGUCGCAUUGAUGAUAGUUUUUACGCCGCCCUCACUGACGUACUAACAUUCACCAGCCUUCCAAUUGAAGAUGAUAAUGGUUUAUUGGUCCUCGGCAUACCGUCGGUUCACCUCAUGCAUUCUUCUGAUACUGGUUAUGCAGAUCUCUGGAUCCGGCUGAGCGAGGUCGACCUGAAUGGCGUGUCACACAAUAUCACAGAGGAAUACCGCGCGAUUGAUCCCGAGAGGAACCCUGACAGUCCAGUCGUGGUUGAACUACGUGAUUGCGCACAUCGGUUCCUGAAAGGGACCAGGAUUCGAGUCACCAUUGCCGGUGGCUCAUGGCCUAUCUAUGCGAGGAAUCUGGGCACUGGAGAGAACAGGAUGACAAGUGUAGAUAUGCGCCCAACAAAACACACAAUACAGCUGGCCACCGGACAAUCACGGCUGAUUUUGCCUAUCCCACUACAAGAGUAG